AUGACUUUUCGAGAUCAGUUGAGAUCGUACGGUCGGUACCAUGCCAUCGCCUUUUUCGGUACAUUCAUCACUUAUGCCUUCUUCCACGCUUCUCGAAAAACCCUCAGUAAUUCGAAGGAUUCUAUCUCCCUUUUCUGGACCAACCCCGAAUUCAAUUCUACCUGGCCAGCUCCAAAUGACAUGAAGAAUUGGGCGAAAAAUGCGAUGUUCGAGAGCUACGAAGAUGCUUCUGUUUAUUUGGGCGUUUUAGACACGACUUUUAUGGCAUGCUAUUCGAUCGGGCUGUUUAUUUCCGGAUGGAUUGGUGAACGAGUCGAGCUGCGAAAAUUUCUCGCUUUUGGAACGCUCCUAAAUGCCUUGACUCUCUUCACAUUCGGCUGCAUUCUUCCCUGGACAAACUGCACUUCGAAAUUCCUCUGGGCUCUCGUCUGGGGCCUUAAUGGCUUCUCCCAAUCAACAGGCUGGCCGACGGUUGUUUCUAUCAUGGGAAAUUGGUUUGGCAUGGAAGGAAGAGGUCUGAUUCUUGGAGUUUGGUCCGCCUGCCAGAGCGUCGGAAACAUCAUGGGAGCGAUGAUGGUGAAUGACUUUCUCGAGUAUGGUUUUGAUAUGAGCUUUUUGUUCGUUUCCUGCUGCUUGCUUUGCCUCUCAGGGAUCAUCUUCGUUUCCAUGGUCGACCAUCCCAAAAUGGUUGGCCUCCCUUCUGUAGACGGAGACGAAGAACAAGACGACCAGGUUGCGAUUAUGGACGAUCAGGACAAUCCGCUAGACGAUACACUUGAAGAUCCACCAUCCGUCAAAAUUACGACUCAUGGCCAAGCCGUUACUUUUUUCGACGCAAUCAAGCUUCCUGGAGUGGCCGAGUAUAGCAUCAGUUAUUUCGCCCUGAAACUAGUCAACUACAGUUUCUUCUUUUGGCUGCCGUACUACAUUCACAAUGUCUUUCACUGGCCCGAUAGUGAGUCGAAUUCGGUUUCAAUUUGGUUCGACGUUGGUGGAAUCAUUGGAGGCGUCGUUGGUGGAGUAGGCAGCGAUCUUUGGGGACUCAGAUCACCUGUUGUCUUUGGAAUGGCUCUUUCUGCGGUUCCAAGUCUCGUUGGGCUCAAUAACUCGCCUCCAACAAAAGCUGCUGCAAGUUCUCUCAUGGCGCUCGUCGGCUUUUUCGUCGGUGGAGCUUCCAACAUUAUCGGUGCUGCUUGCGCCGCAGACCUCGGAAAAGCCGCGAUUGAAAAUGGCAUGCCCUCAGCAGUCGCCAUUGUCACAGGAAUCAUCGACGGAACUGGCUCUGUCGGAGCAGCAGUUGGGCAAAUCGCCAUUCCAGAGAUUGAAAACAACUUUGGGUGGACGCGCACUAGUAGCUGCUCGAAAAUGGCGCAAAGUUGGUCGGAAUUAUGGGCUCACUCGGGAUGGGUUGAGCUCUUUGUUGCGGCGCUGAUCAUUUUCAUCACGACAUCGGCGAUUCUCUUCAUUCCUUCGAAGAAAAACGAGGGCGAGGAUGCGAAUGGGAAUACGAGAGAGGAUAAGAGUGGAGAAAACUCAACGCCGCCCGAGUCGGAUGAGACGAAAAACAAGCUUCCACGGCAAUAUCGUCGACUCAAACGACAAGCGACGAAGAAGUUCGACGAGUUUAAACGCGCAACGCAUUCGAAAAUUAUCAGUAUUCAUGAUAAACUAAGAGACGGUUUACCUACCGGUCAACCGUACUUCAAUAUUCCUAAGAUCUCGCACUCUGGUAGACCACUAACGCAAAAGGAACGAACUCAAAUUCUCCUGAAAAAGCUCCUGCAGCUUGAAAAAGAACCCGAGCACCUCCUGGUCAAGCAGAUUCCGGAGUAUUUAUUGAAAGGAUCUGAAGUGGAAACUGAUGAUCGAUUGCCUUCCGAGUUCCAGUUUUUGCUCAAAACUGUCCGAGUUUUUGGACACUUUGACAAGCCGGUGUUUCUGUCGCUCUGUAAACACAUGAAAGUACAAGAGCUCAAGCAAGAUGAGUACUUGUUCAAGAUCGGGGACAAGGACGAGUGGAUUUACGUUGUCCAGACUGGCGCAAUUGACCUCUUCGUCCAGCAAGGAAGCCAUGAAAAGCUUAUCGCAGAAGUCCGCCCUGGGGAGUCCAUCGCGUCUCUUCUCUCUGUUCUUGAUGUCCUUACAGGACACGCAGCACCAUACAAGACCGUUUCCGCAAAAGCCCGCGUAACAUCGACGAUUAUCAAGUUGCCAGCGAGCUCGAUUCUCAAAGAGUUUGAAAACUUUCCCGCCAGUUUGGUUCGGAUUGUCCAAAUGAUCAUGCUUCGUCUCCAGCGAGUGACCUUCCUCGCGCUUCAUGACUAUCUCGGUUUAUCUGAAGAAUUGAUCGAUGCGCAGGCGAAAUCGUCUCUUCAUCGAACUCCUUCGCGAAACAGCAGCUUACGAACCUCUGUGUCUUCCGACGAAAUGAACGGGCCUCUGAACUCACCAGAAACCCCAAAUCGCAACGAAAAAACUCACUCUCUUCGACGAACAAGCUCGUUUUCCAGCCGAAGACCGCGUUUCAACGAAGUAGCAACAGUAUUCGAAACGGCCGAGGAUGGAGUUUCAGAACCAGCAACUUACAAACAAGGCAAAAAUGACAACAAUGAUUUCAACAACGCGAUUGAACGAGCCUUCUGCCGCGACACCGAUGACAAUCUGUCCGAUUCCGCCAUCAAGGAGCAUCCAAAGAGUCCAAAAUCUCCUCAACCAAGGAAGAAUCCAAAUCAAAACCGCCGUGAAAGUUUUCUUCCUUUCUUCGACGAGGAAAUGUUUGAAGACGCCGUUUCCGAGCUUGCUGAUAUCUUUGGCUUAGAGAACACUGAUGCGAUUACUGAUAAAUUGGAUAUGGCGAAAGUCGAAGGAGGAACGGUCAUCUGCGACGAGGGCGAUCAAGACCUCUGCCUGUACUACAUAGUUUCUGGCUGCCUUGUCGCUCAGCAGCGCUGUGGCGAUCGGUCUGCAACGCUUUACGAAGCUACGAGAGGCUCGAUCUCCGGCCAAUUGAGUGUUCUCACAGGCGAGCCAACAUUCUUUAAAACGACGGCGAGGGAAAACUCAAUCCUCUUGAAGAUGCAAAAGUCUGACUUUUACGCUCUUAUGCGCGACUACCCCCGCGUGGUUUUGAAUCUAGCCGCCACUGUAGUCUCUCGACUGUCGAAAUUCGUCCGACAAAUUGACUUCGCGCUCGAUUGGGUGCAAUAUGAAGCUGGGCAAAAACUUUUUGCGGAAAAUGAACAAGCGGAUUGCAUCUACAUUGUCCUAAGUGGUCGGUUGAGAGGAGUGAAGGAAGACGGAAUCGUCUGCGAGUUUGGAAGGGGAGAGACUGUCGGACUUAUGGAUCUCUUCCGAUCCCGGGUGAGAACUCUUUCGGUCCAUGCUGUUCGAGACACGGAGGUUGCCAAGAUUCCAGCUGCGCUGAUGGAGCAUAUCAAACGCCUCUUUCCGUCAACGAUUCAGAACAUCAUUGCGCUUAUGACAGACCAAGUAGCCAUCAAUCACAGCAAUCGUCUCAUGGCUAAUCAGCAGAACAUCUUCAACAAGGAAACAUACGGUGGCCUAGCAAAUCAGCUCGCAAAUGUAUCAACUGUCGCAGUCCUUACUUCUGAUCCUGACGUGCCGCUAGAAAUUUUCUCUAUAGAAAUUUCAAACGCUUUGAACGCACAUGGAAAGGUGCAGCGAUUGGCAAGUGAUUUGGUCAAGCGACGACUGGGCGAGAGGAUCUUUGAAGUCCAAAAUGAAUUUCGCUUGACAACAUGGCUCGGGCAGCAGGAAGAUAUUCACAGAGUAACGAUCUACCAGUGCGACGAGAAGCUGACGGAGUGGACAAAGAGGUGCUUGAGACAGGCUGAUUGUAUUUUGGUCGUUGCUCUUGGCGGCUCAAAGUCGAAGAUGGGCAGUUUGGAGAAGGAAAUUGAAAACUUCGCGACAAGAGCAUUGAAAGUUUUGGUUUUGCUCCACAAUGAAGAAGCAGAAACUCCUUACAAGACUGCCGAGUGGCUCAACAUCCGCGGAUGGUUAACAACACAUUUCCACGUAAAAGUGCCUUCUUUGAUGAUGAAACGAAAUGCUACGCGCUUGAGGAAAGAAGUUUUGCUCAAAAUUCGAGAGAAGAAUGAAAGCCCAUUUUCUGACUUUUCCCGUUUGGCGCGAUUUAUCACUGGACGAUCUAUUGGUGUCGUAUUUGGUGGAGGAGGUGCGCGAGGAGUCACACAGAUUGCAUUUAUUGAACAGCUGAUUGCAAAAGGAAUUCCUAUUGAUAUGGUUGGUGGGACUUCGAUUGGGUCACUAGUUGGCGCACUCUAUGCGAAGUAUAGAAAUGUAGAGACCAUGAAUGUGCAUAUGAAAGACUUCUGCAAGAGAAUGUCAUCUUUGUUUGCGAAGAUUUUGGAUAUCACGUAUCCCAUUACAGCGAUGUUCAGCGGACGCGGCUUCAACCGAGAAAUUCAGCAAACUCUGAUGGAAACGCAAAUCGAAGAUCUUUGGAUCCCCUACUUUGCCAUUUCUACAGAUCUUACUAAACAAAGAAUGCGUGUCCAUACGUAUGGAAGUCUAUGGAGAUAUGUAAGGGGUUCAAUGACACUGACUGGUUAUUUGCCACCGAUGUGCGAUCCAAGAGAUGGUCACUAUUUGGUCGAUGGAGGUUACAUAAAUAAUUUGCCGGUGGAUGUUGCCAAAACGAGAGGAGCGAAUAUUGUUCUAGCAAUCGAUGUUGGCGCUCGAGAAUCCGCAGAUCUGUACAACUACGGCGACUACAUCUCCGGUUGGUAUCUUCUUUGGCAAAAGUGGUGGCCCUGGGCAAAGACUCUCCGAAUCCCAGAUCUCAACGAGAUCCAGUCACGACUGGCAUACAUCGCAAACAACCAUCUCCUCGAAGAAUUCAUCAACAACGAUGAAUGCGUUUACUUACGCUGCGAUAACAUUGAAAAAUUCGCGACAAUGGAUUUCGAUAAAUUUGGGCCGAUCUACGAGUUUGGGCGAGAAAAUGCUUCUGGACUCCUGACCGAUGAGAUUGUUGAAAACGUCAAAAGUACCUUUUCCGACGUUUCAAGAACGAUGAUAAAGAAAAAGACAAAACGAUCGCCAACGUUUGUAGACCUUGCCGCUGUUUUUGAAAAGCUCCCGACUCCACUAAAGACAUCCGUUUCGCGAGCUUUUCUCUCUGAACACUCGGAAAACGAGGACGAGGAUGCGCAUCAUCGGCUCAACCACGGCUACAUAUCUGGCUAG